UCCAAACGGCAUAAUAAAACACGUGUCGGAACAUGAGUGGUAAGCGUACCACGUCAGCAAAUGCUCCCAAACUACUUCCAUACGCCGUUUGAUAUCUCGGCGGGUUUAAAAGAUUUUCAAAAUUCCAAACGUUUCCCCAACUCACUCUCUCUCUCUCUCUCCUCCCUCCUCCCCCCCCCGGGCGGCAUUUCUAAAUUCUAAUCCCAACUGAUAAUUCACCGACAAAUCUUAACCCCUAAUUCGAGAAAAUGAAUUCGGAAACCCAGACAAAGCAAGGAAGGAAACGAAAGAGAGAUUGGUCCUUGGGAGACUUCGAGAUCGGCAAACCCCUUGGCAAAGGCAAGUUCGGCCGAGUCUAUCUUGCCCGAGAAAUCAAGAGUAAAUAUAUAGUGGCUUUAAAGGUGGUAUUUAAGGAGCAGAUAGAGAAGUAUAAGAUCCACCACCAGCUUAGGAGAGAGAUGGAAAUUCAGACCAGCCUCAGACACCCGAACGUUCUCCGACUCUAUGGCUGGUUCCACGACUCCGAACGCGUCUUCUUGAUUCUGGAGUACGCUCAUGGUGGGGAGCUCUAUAAGGAGCUCCGGCUCAACGGUCAUCUUUCUGAGAAGCAAGCCGCCACGUACAUUUUAAGCCUUGCCCAAGCGCUGGCCUAUUGCCACGAGAAGGAUGUGAUUCAUAGGGAUAUAAAACCAGAAAACUUGUUGCUUGAUCAUGAGGGUCGGCUGAAAAUUGCAGACUUUGGAUGGUCUGUGCAAUCAAGAAGCAAAAGACACACAAUGUGUGGAACGUUGGACUAUUUAGCACCCGAAAUGGUGGAGAACAAGGCCCAUGAUUACGCUGUUGAUAACUGGACUUUGGGUGUUCUUUGUUAUGAGUUCCUCUUUGGUGCCCCUCCCUUCGAGGCUGAAACUCAAAAAGACACAUUCAGAAGAAUAAUGAAGGUGGACCUAAGCUUCCCUCCUACCCCUUAUGUUUCUAAUGAAGCCAAAAAUCUCAUUAGCCGCCUUCUAGUGAAGGACUCCUCAAAAAGGUUAUCUCUUCAGAAGAUCCUGGAACACCCUUGGAUAGUCAAGAAUGCGAACCCUAAUGGUGUGUGCAGUAAAUAAAAUUUUCUAUCAUUUUGGCCCUACCAUGGUUUAGCUGGAGGAAUUGCCAAACCUGAGUUCGACUUUAAUGGUGUGGGUAAAAUUUUAGCCAAAGUGCCAUCUUGUGUUUCCCGGGGCAUAAAAGACCAAGCCUCAUUUACCAUUUGGACUAAAAAUCUUAAACGUAAAUGUUGGGAAGCUUGAGGUUCCCCAUUUGUUGUUCAUAUAGCAAGUAUGAUCAGACUAACGUAUCACUAGAUUAUUGUAACAAGUUGUUUUACUUCUCAAUGUAGUCGAUAAAUGGUUAUCUGAGUAAAAGUAUUGAUUUGUGA